AUGCGGCUCAUCAGGGGACUAUUCAUCGUCGCUAUGCUGGGCGUUGCACUGGUAUCUGCUGACAACACGCAGGCGGUGGAUCCGCCAAAACAACAGCGAUACCCAAAGCGCCAUUUGGGUGGCAACACUGAUGUGGAAGACGCCAGGAAUGAUAACCAAGCAGUGGGAAACGACGGUUUUGACGUGCACAAUAUCAAAUAUUCAUCCAGCGAAGAUCAGAGCGAGUUCGAGGAGAAGAAGCAAAGUUCGUCCAGUACGAUCCCGAUUGUCGCGGGAGUCGGUGCCUGCGCCUGCAUUGGCUUGCUUGGAGCCGUUUAUAUGAAGCGACGGAAAGACAACGACAAGUUGGCGGGCGAGAUUUUCACGAUCGACGACAAGAACUCCGUGCUUUGA